AAACAAUCAUUUUCGAACGUGUGUUGCCAAGAGACAUCUAACCGACGUUCUAUGGAACGUUUUCUGUGCGAAAACAACAAUUUUGCUGCUGACAACAAACUUGUUUGAUUUUUGAGACCUGAGAACAAUCGACUGGAAAAUGCCUGGGUGCUUUUCAAGACUGGCGGAGAGAGUGCGUGGACGUCGGCGGCCUACUGCGUCGACAGGUUGUUCAAAUUCAUUUGUGGCUUGUUUUUCUUGUCUUUUUCUGUUUUGCAGGGUUCGUGAUCGUCGACAGGUGGACAGCGACAGCGACUUCGAAGAGGAAACAACUGUCCUGGAUGAGGUCCAGUUGGAUGUGCCAUUGGAUGAUGUGCCAGAUGUUCCACAGCUGCCAGUCCUCCUUGAUGUCCAGAAUGCUGCUAUCAUCCUUGAGGAUGUGCCAGAUGUGCAGACUAUCCUUGAGAACAAUGCCGGUCCGGUGGUUAAAGCUUGGAGAACUUUUCAGUUCAUCAGCCCCAUCAUCACCUACAUGCUUGGGGGAUCCCAGCAGGUGGUGGUGAGGAUGCACCACGUGAGUAGGGUGAGAGGCCUGGAGACUCAACUGGUGUGGGCCAUCUCCAAGGAGACAGCCAGGCUUAGUCCAGAGGGCAUCACCUACUGUGCCACCAAAGUGCAGUCCAUCACUUGGAUCCAGCGUGUGGCUGGCAGGGUGACCCACUAUGCGUCUCACCUCCGCCACGAGACAUCUGUGGACGUGACACUUGGCUGCUACCAGAUGCUGAAGGAUAGUGGUCAUAAUGCUGUUAUCCCCCAUUGA